AUGGAUAUUUGCAUUAGCCAUCUUUACAAUAGACAAAUAAGAAAGAACAUAUUACAGGAUGUUUUUUACAAAUUAGAGAAUUACGACAAUGAAGAAUUUUUAUGCUUCGACGUAAAUUCAAGCGGGAGUGUUCUUGUGGCCGCGUCCAAGACAUCCCUUUACUUUUUUCACGUUUUAACGGGCACCUUACUACUGCAACAUACUUAUUACGAUGAAAAUGAAAAGGAAAAUUAUCUGAAGCAGGACGUUUUCGAGGAGAGCAAAAUACAUGGCAGUACGUGUAGUGGGGUGAAUGGUAAGGGCAUCAAAGCGAGUGUAGAAGACGAAGGAAAUGAAUAUGACAAUGAUAGAGAGAUCGAGAAUGAGAACAGUACGAGCGGAAAUGUUACAAGGAAGGACAACAUUAGCAGCAACGAGGUUGGAAGUACAAGUGGGAUUGGUAGCCUGAACGAUGAUGAGCGCACCAGCCAUAUUGAUAUUCCUAAUAAAGUUCAUAAAGCUAACUGUGUUGAUCACGCCGAACAUGUUGACCCCCUCGUCAUGUGCUGCCACCUGGGGGAGACGAAGAACAGACGAAGCCUCAACUGUGACGAGGAUUUGAGGAGCACCAAGGAGGAAGAGGAAUGUUGGGCGACCCCAAAUGCAGAAAUUAAAAAUGGAAAUGAAUUUCCGGAGAAUUCGCUGAUACGAAAUGAUUCCAUCUGUUACGAAGACUCGAUAAAAUCCCAUAAGAGGAAGCUCCUUUCACCAAAGGGACAACAGGCGAAGAAAGUGAAAAAGAGUUCAAGGAAAUCUCAGAGAAAUGUGAGCAGAAGUGGAGAAAACACAACCAAUUCGAGAAGCAGAAAUAACGAAAGCAACAGUAGGAAAAGUGUAGACGAUAAAUUUGAUGAUGAAAAUGUACAUAUAAAGAAAAUACAGUUUAUAAAAAACGACAAGUAUCUACUAUGUGUAUCGAAGAGAUACUUGUACAUUUUUAAAAUGUGCCAAUUUGCCAUAACCAGAAUAGUGUACAUGGAUUUGUUAUAUCUUUGCAUUGGAAUCGAGACGGUCAUUUCAGGGAAGCUCUUUUUCCCUUGCUUCUUUUCUGAAUAUUUUUAUCUUUUUUAUAAACAAAAUAAAUAUAAAGAGAGGGAAGAGAGUACUCUCCUGAACAGUAGUAGUUUAAAUAACGAUUUUUUGCGUCCCUUUGGAUCCAAUUCUGAUUUAUCUAUAAAUAAAUGCGAGGAAAUCUCUGAGUGUAGUAAAAAUUGUGAAGAGAUGGAAUCGCCCCCCCUUGGGUGCUACCAAGAUGAAGCAACCCCAUCGAAGGGGCAUUUAAGCCUUUUCAAAUAUUAUCAUAAAUUAUACACAAGUUUGAACUCUAGCAAAAUUAGAAACUUUGAAAUCUGCGAAGUAAAGUGCGUGGAUUUUAAGAAGAAAAGGCUCUACUCCGGAGAUGAAAAGGUAAACAUCUAUGUCCUAGAUCUUGUUUUAUGUUUGAAGGAGCAAAUACCGUAUGUAUCCAGGGUGUACGUGGAGGCGAUGGCUGACCGGAGUGUACAAUAUACGACUUCCCCGCGUGAUGUGCAUCCCCGUGGUCUAUGUGCAGAGUGCAUGAACGACUUCAUCGUCGACGUUAAUGAGACUCUCCCCACGAUCUCAUAUGAACAGAUGAACUUCACAUUUCAGGAAAUAGCCAGAGAGAGUAGCUUGCAUGUGAGGAAAGACGCACGUAAUUCGAAGAGAAAAUCGAGGAAUAAGAAAAAAUAUGUGAAUGAGGAUGCCUCCAAAAAUUCUGUCUAUAACCAGGUCAAUAGUGUGAGUAAAAUGGAGUGCUCCGCGGGAAAGGUAGGGGAGGCAAUUCUUAGCGAAGCUGUGACUAAGGCGGGAGACGCCCUAGAAUUGCUUAGCGCAGUAAAUACCCGAAUGCCCAGUGGACUGCCCAGUGGACUGCCCAGUGGAUUGCCCAGUGGACUGCCCAGUGGAUUGCCCAGUGGACUGCCCAGAGCAGUGGCGAGCGAAGUUACAAUAGGGAAUGCAAAAAUGAUGGACCCUGCGGAGAGCUCCGUUAGCAACGGGAACCUCCUCCCGAGUGAAAUCCAGAGAGAGGGUGCAAAUGUAUACGAAGAUAAGAACGAAGUUGUCAUGCAGUUAAUCAAAUUUUUCGAAAAUUAUGAAAAUAGUCGGAAUAUUUUAAAAAAAAUGCUGAGUGGAUAUUUCCCGAUCUGUGUGUACAAAAAAAGGAGCAAGAGGAGAUCCAAGGAAUUACCAACCACGUUGAACAUAUACGACAAUUUGGAUGUCCUUCUAAAGGGAGAAACCCUAAGAGAUAACAUUCCCAGGGAGGAAGAAAAAGACGAGGAAAUUUUCCAAAAGGAAAAUGAUUACUAUAUAUUUGAUUAUUCUAGGAAGAAAAAAACCGACUAUUUCAAUUUUCCGCACAGUUUGCUAAAAAAUAAAAGCAGCUUAGAAAACGUUAAUACGCAUAGGGACAUAGACAAGAACAAGCAGUACAUAUAUGUGGGAACUCCAUCAUAUGUCCUCGCAUUCCAAAUGAAUUACGUGAAGAGGCAUGCUACCGUGGAGGAAGAGAGAAACAAAGAAGGGGAGUUGCUAAGAAGGAAUAACAUAGUAUAUUCCAAAAUUGAUUGCUUAUCGAAUGAAAUUUGCCGAAUAUUCGACAAUUACGUGGGGAAGGUGCAGGAUAAAAACCUUCUUGACGAAAAAAUAGAGUUAAGUUUUCUGUUUAAAAUACACCUGGGGAUAACAACCCCGCUUGAUAUUGCCAUAAGGGAGAAGGGAAAUUUGCUGUGCGUGAGGACAUUGGAAAAAGUGUUCCUGUACAAGGUUACGUACAAGUAUAGUGCCCACAGCAUAGGGGAAUUUUGCCAUUCGAAUCGGAUGCCUGUAUCGGAUGAGGGGAAUUCCAUGGAGCAGUGCACAACGGGAUGGGCGCAGGACAAGUUGGAAAAUAACAUUUCUGCCGGUAAAGUGGCAAAUAGCAGCUCUUCAAUGCGUGGGGGUAAAGAUGAUAACCUGUACAGCUACAUCGAUCGGAUAUGUCUGUAUCACACGAUUCAUAAUCCAAUUCAGAAGGAAGUGUACGAAGUGUGCUGUUUCAGUGAAGACAUUUACCAAUCUUACCUGCUUGUUGUGUCGCUAAAAUCUGGACAGUACACACUAUACAUUUACGACUUGAAACACAUGGAUUUACAGAAUGCAGUGAAGGUAAACAUUUCUGCGUACAAAGGAUUCAAAGAGAUAAGGUGGAUAAAAUGUUAUGACAUGCUGGUGGCCCUUUGCACUGUAGGGAAUUACUUACUAGUAUUAAAGAACAAACACCUAAAUAAUUGGAGUUUCUUCAUCUCCGACUUUGAAUUGAUAGGCUCGAACAUCGAAGUUAUCGAGGAAGAAAACGAAUUUGACGUAAUAGAAAAUAUUCAACCGAAACAUAAAAAUAUAGAUGAUCAUAUUUGGAAGUAUAUUAUUAUUUACAUAAAUUUAUUUAUAAAGAAUAAAAUUAGCAUUCAGAAUUUAAGCCACCCUUCUUCCCUCUUUCCAAUAUUGUAUACAGGGUAUUAUAAACCCCCCCCCAUGUAUUUUUUUUACAAAUCCUCUUAUUAUUUUGGUAAGGAGAAUUUCCUUUGUUAUGAGGUGGAUGAACGUACAGAGCGCAGGUUGCAGCAAGGAGGGGAAUGUAGAAGGAGAAAAAAGAAAAAAAUGGAGGAAAAAAAAAAGCCUUCAUUUUCACUAAUAAGAGAAAAUCUGGAUCAUUAUGUGGGUUCACCAUUUCAAGAAAGCGAAGAGGAGUCCCCCCAAAAUUUGUUCGUUAAGGACAAUUCGAACAGCGUGCAGUUGCUCUCCCCUGAAAUGACUUAUUAUUUAUACUACAAAAAUAUAGUGAAUUUUUCAUUGUAG